AUGGCGUUCGUUGAUGAGAAGAUUCAGGAAUACUUCUUUAAUGGAUAUGAUAAUAAAGAAAUCAUAUUUUUUCUUUGGAAUGAUUAUGGUGUGAAAUUAAGCUGUAGACAUUUGAAAAGGCGCAUGACCAGACUGAACUUGAGAAGACGGAGAUACAAUUUAGAUAGGGCAAUUAGGGCUAUUCAGGAAGAAAUGAUGUUCAGUGGACAGACUCUCGGGUGUCUUUGCGAGAAACGAAGACUUCUUCAGAAACAUGGCAUCUUUAUAGGAAGGGAUGACGUUUUGGGUUUGUUGAGAAUAAUCGAUCCUGAUGGAGUUGAUCUAAGAGCAAGUCACUGCCUGACAAGAAGAAUGUAUCUUAACAAUGGACCAAAUUAUCUUGUACAUGUUGAUGGUUACGACAAGUUGAAGCCAUUUGGCUUCGCUAUACAUGGUGCAAUGUGUGGAUUUUCAAGACGAAUACUGUGGCUUAAAGUUGCAAGAACAAACAAUGACCCGUCUGUCGUGGCAUCUUAUUUCCUGAAAUACCUGGAGGAAAUAAAUAGUGCUCCAAGGUGUGUGAGACUUGAUGCUGGAACUGAGAAUAUAUACAUUGAGGACAUUCAAAAAUCUUUCCGUUGGUACCAUAAUGAUGACAUGAGUGGAGAAAAGAGUGUAAUCAUAGGAAGAUCAAUGUCUAACCAGAGAAUAGAGCGCUGGUGGAGAACACUGAGAGAGAUGGGCAUCUCCUUCUGGAUACACUUGUUCAAAGAUAUGGAAGACCAAGGGAUGUUUUCAUCAGCAAAUAACGAGCACAUAGAAUGCCUUCGCUUCUGUUUUACAAAAAUCAUCCAACAAGAACUUGAUCAGAUAAAAAUAGAAUGGAAUAACCAUUACAUCAGAGCACAAAGACGUUAUGAUGAUGAUGGAAGUCUCCCAGGAAAACCAGAAAUGAUGUUUUUCCACCCUGAAAUUUUUGGUGCAGUAGAUUAUUAAUUUCCAGUGGAUAUUUAUGAUGUGCUAGAGUUUCAAAGAUUAUUUCCUAGUCCAAGCCCAAGAGGAUGUUGUGAGGAUUAUGCAGCAUACUUUGAUCAUUUGCUUUUGGAAGGUGGGAGAGCUGUCCCAAACACCACUGAGAAGGCCAUGGAGGCUUUGAAGUACUUGAUUGAAAAGUUGUAAAAUCCACAUCAAGGGCAUGCAGAGAAUAAGCCUUUAUCUAAUGUUUAACUUUUUUUCAAUUUUCAUGGAAAAUAUUGUAUACUAAUCAUCAAUGGAACUGAAGCAAGUGUAUGAAUAAAAAGUCACAAACAGAAUUACAAUGUUUAUUGGCACACCAUAAUCAUUGGAACAACUAAUUAAUGAAAAUUGCAAAAUUAGAUUAUAAGGAAGGCAAACUGCUCUGAAAAAAACUUAUAUGGCAUACAGAUGCAACAAUCUAGAAUUUCAAAAAAAAAAUCAAAAGCAUGCUUUAUAGUA